AUGGUGAAGCUUGGGUGGUUUGUGACGAAACUUUCGCGUGAAACUGUCACGAUUGAGCUGAAGAAUAAUACUAUUGUUACUGGAACAAUUGUGGAAGCUGACACUGCAAUGAACAUUCAUCUGCGUAGGAAUAACAUUCGCACCAUUAUCUUGCCGGAUUCUUUGCCAUUGGACGUUUUACUGAUUGAUGAUGAGCCGCGAUUCAAGUCACAGCAGCGUCGUAUGUCUGGACGUGGCCGUGGAGCUGCUCCGCGUGGUUAUGGGAGGCCGUCAAAUCGUGGUGGCUCUGGUAAUGGUGGGGCUCGUUCAUAUAGCAGUGGUAGAUCUUCGACUUAUAGCAGUGGUGGUGGAUCUCGUUAUAGCAAUGGUGGUGGUGGUGGAGGGGAUAAUUAUCGUCGGCGCUAA